AUGUCAGUGGAGCAAUGGGUUAGUGAUGAGCUUCAUGCGAUAGUGGGUAUCAGUGACCGAACAAUUUGCCAGUACGUUCUCGCCCUUGCUCGAAGAAGUAAUAGCACAGAAGACUUCAUCGGCAAACUGAAAGAUAAUGAUGCUCUCGAAAUCAACGAUAGCGUGCGACAAUUCGCCUCUCAACUCAUGAAUAAGCUCCCAAAAGCAGCUCCAAAGACAACAACACGUAAAGGACCUUCUGCCGCAGAACUUCGAGAGCGGGAGCUGAUGCGACUGAGCAACACCAUGACAGUACUGGAAGAUGAGGAACCGGUGUACACAAGAAAAUCCUCUCAUCAACGGAAACGACGUGAGAGCAGUAGCGACGAUGAGGCCCCGCAAUCAUCAAAAAAGGUGGAGUCAAAGCAGGAGAAGCGAAAAGAAGCAUCUAGUGAUUCCGAUUUUGAAGCCAUUGAAGGAGAGCUUGAUCGUGACAUCAAAGAAAGAGAUGAGCUGGCUGCGAGAAUUCGGAAAAGAGAGAAAGAGAAGACUCGCAAUGUUCUUGAACAGAAAAGGAAGAUACCGGAUAAUAAGGAUAAGGAAGCAUACUCUAUUGACAAAUUACGGGAAGAGUCUCGUCGGCAAUAUCUUGCUAAAAGAAAGGACGACAAGCUCGAUGAGUUGCGGAAAGUUGUACAGGAUGAUGAAAUGCUGUUUGCUAAUGAAGAUCUUACCGAACGUGAACGAAAGGAUAUGGAAUACCGAAAGAAAGUGUUAGAAUAUGCUGAGCAGCACGAAAAAGCUGCUGAUAUUAUGAAAACAAAGCGGUACUAUGUUCCGGAUGCGAAAGUCAAAUCCAUACCCACAGAGUACGUUGAGGACACGGAGGAAGUUCGUCAUGGAGGAGACGGCGCCAAAUGGGAACAUGAGCAGCUUCUGGCUAGUAUGCUGCAUUAUGGUGCGAAGGACGCGAAAUCCAAACAAGAAGAGUUUGAACUGUUGCUCGACGACAAGAUUGACUUCAUUCAAGCUCUUCAAAUGCCUGGUACUCUGGAUCCGAAGGAGGAAGAGAUCACGGCUGCCCAAAAGAGAAAAAUGACGAUAGAGGAGACGCGAAAGUCGCUACCUGUUUACGCCUUCCGAGAGCAAUUUAUUGAAGCUGUCAAGGAACAUCAGGUAUUGAUCAUAGAAGGAGAGACUGGCUCAGGGAAAACUACACAGCUACCGCAGUACCUUUAUGAAGCUGGUUUCUGCAAAGACGGAAAGAAAAUUGGUUGCACUCAGCCACGUCGUGUCGCAGCAAUGUCUGUAGCAGCGAGAGUAGCUGAGGAAGUGGGAUGUAAAUUAGGCAUGCAGGUUGGUUACAGUAUUCGGUUUGAAGACUGCACUUCUGAGAAAACUGUUUUGAAAUAUAUGACAGAUGGCAUGCUGUUACGUGAAUUUUUGAACGAGCCGGACCUCGCAAGUUACAGGCAUGUUUUUGUAUUUCACUGUGUCAUGAUGAUUGACGAAGCCCACGAGAGAACUCUGCACACGGACAUUCUCUUUGGUCUCGUCAAAGAUAUAGCCAGAUUUAGAAAGGAUCUGAAACUCCUGAUCUCCUCGGCUACUCUUGACGCCGAAAAGUUCUCAACAUUUUUCGACGAUGCUCCGAUUUUCCGAAUUCCUGGAAGAAGAUUUCCUGUCGACAUCUACUAUACGCAAGCUCCAGAAGCGGACUACAUGGAUGCUGUUAUGGUCACAGUCAUGCAAAUUCAUCUCACGCAACCAUUACCUGGCGACAUUCUCGUGUUUCUGACAGGUCAAGAGGAGAUUGAAUCUGUGCAGGAAGCCCUUAUGGAGAAGACGAAAGCGCUAGGAAGUAAAAUCAAAGAAUUAAUUCCAUUACCAAUUUAUGCAAAUCUGCCGUCCGAUCUACAAGCAAAAAUUUUUGAACCCACACCACCUAACGCUAGAAAGGUAAUUCUCGCCACAAAUAUCGCCGAAACAUCUGUCACCAUCGACGGUAUUUGCUAUGUCAUCGAUCCUGGUUUUUCCAAACAAAAUUCUUUUGAUGCGAGGAGUGGAGUCGAGCACUUGCAUGUGGUUACGAUCUCAAAGGAAACGCUGGUAAUUGCACUAGAACAACUGUAUGCACUUGGUGCUCUUAAACAUCAUCGAGGCGAGCUAACCAAGUUGGGACGGCGCAUGGCUGAAUUUCCUUGUGAUCCAUGUAUGAGCAAAAUGAUAAUCGCCAGUGAAAAGUACGGAUGUUCUGAAGAAAUUCUCACCAUUUGCGCGAUGUUAUCUUGCAAUGCAGCUGUGUUCUAUAGGUGCAUGGAGAAUUUUGUGCAACAUCGAACAAUGAAGAAAGCAAGGGAUAUUCGCGAUCAACUGGAAGGACUGCUUGAACGAGUCGAGAUUGAGCCU